GGUGCGGGCUGUACAGCUCUGGUGGUUGCCGUGGUAGCAAGGAAGCUGGAGUUGACCAAGGCGGAGAAACACGUCCACAACUUCAUGAUGGACACACAACUCACCAAGAGGAUAAAAAAUGCUGCGGCCAAUGUUCUGAGGGAGACUUGGCUCAUCUACAAACACACCAAACUACAGAAGAAGAUUGACCACUCCAGAGUCCGCAAACACCAGAGGAAGUUUCUGCAGGCCAUCCACCAACUGCGUAGUGUGAAGAUGGAGCAGAGGAAACUGAGUGAUCAGGCCAACACUCUGGUGGACCUCUCAAAGAUGCAAAGUGUGAUGUACGAGCUGAUGUCGGAGCUGAACGAUCGCAGUGAGGACCUGGAGCGGCAGAUGCUGUCUCUGGAAACGCGGGUGGAACAGCUGACCACUGGCUUCAGUGCCCUGCCUGCCCACCUGUCUGCCACGCUGUCUGCCCAGCACACCACCUUGCUCCACCUGCUCCGAGAGAGGGACUACAGGGGAGGAGGAUGGGGAGGUGCAGGUGGAGGAGGGACAGCCCUGGUCCCUGUUGCUCAGCUGGCCCCUGCCCAUGCCCUGACCCCAAGCCCAACCCUGGCCCCAGAGCCACAGCAGCCCCCAGAAGGAACCAUAGAGGGUAGCACUAGUGCCAAUACUAGCACCUCCAGUUGUUGAAGAGAGGAGGGGGAGAGGAUGGGAAGUGGAAAGAAGAGGUGAGGGUAGAGGAGGAGAUAGAGAGCCAGUAGGAAUACGGGCUGAGGAGGUCAGCCCCAAUACUAGCAACUUCAGAUGCUGCAGAGAGGAGGAGGGGGGGGGUAAGGGAGGGCAGCCAGAAGCCCAACACUAGCUCAUCCAGCUGCUAAGGAAAGGAGUAGGGAGGAGGGGU